CUUUUUUUGCUGGUCGGUCUUUCGCCAUCGCUUGUUUUGUCCAUAUAUUUGCCGCCCGCCAUGUCGAGAUAGAAUCGGCGUCCAAUCUUUUGUCUGUUAAUUGUUUCUGAGUCGCUCUUUUUUUUUUUGCGCCCACCUUCGCGAUGGCGCUCCACACUCGCUUAUCCAUGCUCGCGAUCGGCGCACUCGCGGCCACAACCGCCGCCGCCCAGCAUGUGCUGCUCCCUUUCUCCCAGCACACCAACAACGACAUUAAUCUCUCGGCGCGCGGCUCGAAACAGACGACGCUCAAGUCGGCCGAAUAUGCCUACGUCAUCGACGCCACGGUCGGCAUGCCGCCGCAAAAGGUGUCACUGAUGAUCUCGACCUCCAGCGGCGACACGUGGGUUCCCGACGCAAACACCCGCGCAUGCUCCCCCGAGUGGUACUACCGGGAACAGUAUGGUUACGACGACGAGGAUAUGGAAUAUGCAUCCAUCCCCGAGGCCAAGUGCACGUGGGGCAGCUUUAACAAGACUCUGUCCUCGACCUAUCUGCCCCCGAACUCGCGCUACGAUGGUUUUAGAGCCAGCUACAUCGACACCAACCGCGCUUCCGGCGACAACAUGACGGACAAGCUGGCGUUUGGCGGCCUCGAGUUUGACGACUACCCAAUGGGCCUAGUCUCGUCCACCUAUCGCUGGAUCGGCAUGCUCGGCCUCGGCCCCAACAACUCGGCAAGCUCCUACUAUAGCUCCUCCUUGGCUGGCAGCUACGACAACAUCGUGGACCGCAUGGUCUCGUCUGGUAAGAUUGCGAGCCCCGCCUACAGCAUCUGGUUGGACGAUGCCCAGGGGACCUCGGGCGGCCUGCUGUUUGGCGCCGUCGACCGGUCCAGGUACACGGGUGAUCUCGUGCGCGUCUCGUCCUCCAGCUCCUACUCGUACUAUUCGUACGGGUCUGUCACCACGGUCAACAGCAUCAACGGCACCACUGCCUCGGGGGAUCCCAUGCCAGCUAUCAGAUCCAACGACUUCCCUGUCGAUGUCACCGUCGGCCCGGGCGAGGUUUUCUCGUACCUACCCUCGCGGCUGGCCAAUCAGAUUGCCGAAAUGGCUGGUGCAACCUACGACGAAACGGCCGAGGUUUUCAUGAUUUCGUGCGAGGCCGGCAAGACCAACAAUACAAAGUUCGUUUUUGAGCUCGGUGGCACCGGCGGACCUAAGCUGAACGUCGAAACGGCCGAUCUCGUACUGCCGAUUAGUGCCUACGACGGCUACGGAGGUUCCAGUUAUGUGGAGGAGUCAGACUUGUGCAUGUUUGGCAUCCAAAAGUGGGCCUCGAGCAGCUCCUCGAGCAGCUCCUCGUCUUACAACUUCAACCUCGGCAGCUCCCUUCUCCGGCGCAGCUACAUUGUUGUCGACCUAGCCAACGAGGAGAUUGCCGUUGCCCCUGUCAAAUUUCCCUCUGGCUCCAAGGCCCCGGCGUCUGAUCUUGCGGCGUUUGCGAGCUAUGGCGAUUACACCCCAGGCGCGUCCAAGUUGUGCACCAGCAGCUACUGUCGCGACUCAGACAGCGGCUCCGGAUCGGGCUCGGGCUCGGGCUCUGGUUCGGGCUCGGGUGGGCGGUAUGGCUACCCGGAUAGCGAGUCAGCGCUCGAACACUGGGAGAGGGUUGCCAUUGGCGUCGGCGUCACCUUCGGCGUGCUCAUCCUCGCCGGCAUUAUCAUGGGCAUCAUCCUCUGUACCCGUUCGGGUCGCAAAAAGGGAGUCGCAAAGGAGGUUGACGAGGAGGGCCUGGAAGACGAGGCCCCGCCAGCCCCGCCGGCCGCGUCGACGAACCCGCAAAUGUCCCAGAACACCAGGGGCUCGGUUAUUCUGCCGCCAGGACCUCUACCGUCCAUCCAGGAGGGGGCUGAACCACACGCACAGACACAAACACCGGCGCCCCAACUCCCAGCCCUAGGGACGCAGCUCGCCCGGCCGAUCACGCCUCCUGAGCCCACGGCAUCCGUGAACUCAAACCGCCCAUCAGUGGCUGUGUCUGCCCUUUCGCAAGAACAGGAGACGCAGGCACUUGGCUCGGCGCCAGAGUCUAGCGCUGCGGCACCGGCAUCGCCGAAGGGCAAGGGGAAGGCUUUGGACCGGGACGAAAACUGAUCUGAAUGUCACCAUGUACUAGUCGUAAUUCUAAUGGAGAUACCCUUUUGUAUAUGCUGCUACUGCCGCUUUA